AUGUUUACGACAGUGGUGAGUCUGCUGUCCAGCCUGGCGAGUCGGGGCUUGGCACGGGGGUUGGUUUCGGAGCGUGAGGACGCGUGGGAGACGGAGCAGGACCAGGCGGCGGGGCUGUCAGACGUGGAAAACACGACAAACACGGCUUCUGACUCUCUGCGAACCCCGCUACUGCCGCCAGCAACUGCGGCAUCACGCGGCGGAGGGGGAGGAGGCGGCGGCGCGGAGGCAGGGGCGGGCGGGGAGACGGCCACGGAGGGUGUCGAGGUGGUGGAAGAGGCGGCAGCUGUCAAGGCGGCGUCUGCCAAGCGCAAGCACCGCACAGUGCGGGAGCUGCUCCGUCUGGCCUUCGUCGACUUGCCGCUGCUGCUGGUGGCCUUCAGCUGCGGCUUCCUGGCGGCGCUGGGGGCCGCCUCCAUCGCCUACCUCACCGGCCAGAUGGUGGACUUCGCGUCGAUUGAGCUGGACAGGUCGCGCUUCACUCGUACCGCCAUUCAGUUACUGUUGGUUGCUGGUCUAACCGCCUUAUUUACCGGGUGCCGGGGAGGGCUGUUCACCGUUGCCUGCACCCGAAUGAAUGUACGACUGAGGAAGGCGCUGUUUCACGCGCUGCUGCAGGUUGGGCUCAACAUGAAUGUGAUGCUGAGAAGCGCUACACAGGCGGGCAUGGUGCUGUUCUUUAUGUUUGCUGCCUCCUGGCGCCUCACCGUCGUGACAUUCAUUCUCGUACCUGUCGUACUUACCAUGAGUCAGGUGUACGGCGAGUUUUACAGCAAAUUGAGUAAGAAGGUUCAGUCUGAGCUGGCUACUGCCAAUGCGGUGGCGGAUGAGGUGUUAUCCACCAUGACCACCGUUAAGGCCCAUGCGAUUCAGCUCCUGGAGGCGGCGGCCUACACCCUGUACGCCAUGCUCAACACCUUUCUGCCCAAUGUGGUCACUGCGGUGGUGCUGUUCUACGGGGGGAACCUGGUGCUGGAGGGCGUGAUGAGCCGGGGAGCUCUGGUGUCGUUCAUGUUGUACCAGCAGUCGCUCACUUCGGCCUUUCAGCUGAUGGGCGACGUUUUCUCAGCACUGACGGCGGCAGUGGGCGCAGCGGAUAAGGAGCCAGUGUUGUACGCUCGAUCCAUCCGUCGCAACAUCGUGCUGGGUUUGGAAUCCGAGGACGGUUGUACGACAGUCCCCACGGAGGAUGAGGUGGUGGAGGCAGCCAAGCAGGCCAACGCGCACGACUUCAUCACCUCCUUUCCGGAGGGCUAUGAGACGGGCUGCGGGGAGAAGGGAGUGACGCUCAGCGGGGGCCAGAAGCAGCGGAUAGCCAUUGCUCGUGCGCUGGUCCGUAAGCCCCGAGUGCUGUUGCUUGAUGAGGCAACCAGUGCGUUGGAUGCGGAUAGCGAGGCUGUGGUCCAGGAGGCCCUCGACCGGGUUAUGCAUGGCCGUACGGUCAUCGUCAUCGCCCACCGCCUAUCCACUAUUCAGGGGGCUGACAGGAUCUACGUCAUCGGGAAGGGUGUCGUACAGGAGGUGGGCACACACGACGACUUGCUCUCCUCGGGCGGAAUGUACUCCCAGCUGGUGCGGAGACAACUCACAAGGCCCAUGUCGCAGGCCAAUUUUCUGGCGGGCUCGUCUGCUGAGCUGCGGCCCUCCGUGAGCGCCACCUCCCUCUCUUCCCUAUUGCCCGAGGAGUCACCCAACCACCAACUGCCACAACCACCGCAACCGCCAACUGGCCAACAGCAACAUCCACAAUCACAACCGCAACAGCCGCCGAGAUCCCAGGGGUAG